AGAUCAUUGCCGAAGUCAACCGCAAAAGCCCGUUUCAGCCUACCGAUUCUUUUAUCACGCCAAAACGGCUCCUGGCUUCGGUUAGUACUGCUUGCAGUUCCAUUCUGAUUGAACGUGAUUUCGGGAAUUGUCGUGUCGUUUGUGCGUAACUCUGAUCGCGUGCCGGCGGACGUUCGUGCAGAGGUGCUUAGAGUGCUUAAUUGUGUUAUGGAUUCUAGCGAUUCAUCAACAAAGCGGUCGAUGGGUUAUUUUGGUGAAUUUGUCCAUGUGACUCACACGAACCUCCAAUAAGGGGCGUGAUCUAAGCUAGUUAUGGACCUGAUGCAAAGUGACGAGGAGAAAAAAAACUCGACCAGAUUUUGCAAUUCAAGGUCCGAAAGUGCAUGUGAUAGUUUCAACCAACCGCAACUGGUAUGCGUAUUUAAGAUCAUUUCUAGUGCGGACAGUCGAUUAAAGUCAAGUAUCAUAUCGGGAGGAAGCUGAAAUCCGGUCGCAAGUGAUUUCAAGAAGAUUCGCAUUGUUUAUGUGUUAUCGGAGUGGUCAUGAUUUUUACGGAUGAUGAAAGUGUAAGAACAAAAUGAUUUUUGUAUCACACGAGAGGCAAAUUAUAUUGAUCUCAAUAAGUACCUUGUUGGUGGUAUGCAUUGGUACAGUGUUGGCAGUGGAUAUUACGGAUCAAAGAACGUCGCUUGAUAAAGGCACAAUGCUUAAUUGGUUUCAUGCCAUUCGGAGGUUUAUGUUCAAUUUUGUCGGCAAGACUGGACUUCGGACGAAAGGAUCCUUCCUCCAGGAGAAGAUACCGAUGAAUUUACCCUUUCCGUGCAACGUGUCCUUGGGACGGAGUGAAAGGAUACCCAAGAGUGUACACAAGUUGAGACCAGGUGACAUAUACGUGAUAGCCGCAAUGGGCGAUUCGCUGACAGCUGCAAGCGGUGCAGCCGCCACGAGGGUGGUUGAUCUCAGCAUGGAAAACCGAGGCUUAUCGUGGAGCAUAGGGGGCCAGUGGAACUGGCGGAACGUGACAACACUACCAAAUAUUUUGAAGGAAUUCAAUCCGAAGCUCGUCGGAUAUUCCCUCGGAGAUUCGUACGCGUUCCAUCGGGACACUCAGUUCAACAUGGCCGAGGUCGGCGCAGUUUCGUACGACAUGCCGUUUAUGGCCCGUUCGCUGGUCAAGAGAAUCCGCUCCGACCGGCGGGUGAAUUUCAAACAAGACUGGAAACUAGUUACCAUCACUAUCGGGGGAAACGAUAUCUGCUCGUUUGUUUGCACCAUGCAAAAACCGGAGGAUUUACCCGUCAAGCAUCGGCUGCGGCUGAUUAGCGCCUUGCGAUACCUGAGGGAUAACAUGCCUAGAACUUUUGUGAACUUGGUGUCGGUGCCAUCGGUGGAGACCGUCGUGUCGCUGAAGGGAAAAUCCGCUAUCUGCAAAGCGCUACAUCAUGGGGAAUGUUCCUGCUGGAUCGGGAAGAUGUUCAACCAGAGUGAUACAUCGAGAGCGAGGUGGCAUGCCAUACAGGCGAGGAUGGUGGCAGUGGAAGCAGAAGUGGCACAGUUGGACGAAUUCCGCCGGUUGGAUGAGUUCGCUGUGGUUUACCAACCGUGGACGACCAAUAUUUCGCUGAACAUGAACGGACGCGAGGUGGAUUAUUCACUCCUAGCCUACGAUUGUUUCCAUAUGAGCCAGAAAGGAAACGCAUAUGCCGGUACCGCGCUGUGGAACAAUCUGAUGGAACCGGUGGGAGCGAAAACCCGCAACUGGAGACCGCUAUUCGAAGAUUUCAGAUGCCCAACCCAGAAGGCGCCAUACCUGUAUACGUACGAUAAUAGCUAACAACCUGACUGCCACACUACGUAAAAUCACGAUGGUAUUAUAUUCCUAGUUGUAUGGUUAAUUUAUUCGAGAAAAAAAAUACUCUUGCAGUGUGAGAGUGCCCAACGACAUUAGAUUUAUUUCCAGUGAUCUGAUUGAUUGUAUAGAACCAGUAGGUUAGGCAAGUAAAAUUGAAAGUGAAAGAACGCUGUUCGAGCAUUCACAUCCGAAAACCGGUCCUAUUCAUCAUAAGAACUGUACCAACAACUAUUUGGACCACUUGAGUCAGCCUCAACCCAGCAGGGAAUC